AUGAUUGAGGUUUUGAACGAGCCCGUCGCCUGGGAUCGCAAGGUCCAAUCGAUGCGAUCCGUCUUCUAUAAGAACGCUUACGCGGGAAUCCGUCAGGUCGAGAAAGACCUCGGUGUUUCUCGCAACAAUUACGUCCAUGUGCAGAUGAUGAACACCAACUGGGGCUCCGGGAACCCGGUUGAGUUCUUGACUGACACCUACUUCACUGCAUUCGACGAUCACCGUUAUCUCAAGUGGUCGUCGAGCGUGGCUGUUUCGCAUGAAAGUUACAUCUCGACCUCUUGCAAGGAUAACCGCAAUUCAGAUGCCGCUGGGCCUACCAUUGUUGGCGAGUGGAGUAUCGCAGUGCCAGACAACGUUGAAUCAACGGAUGGAUGGGCUCCAGCCAAGUAG